GGGGUGGCAGGUCCGAAAGCCAACGUGUUGUAAAGGACGAGACGUGUAGGCGAUCAGUCCAUCACAGUCUUCAUCGUCACCAUCGAGUAUCGCCGGAUUGUGCUGUGCGUCCACCAACGCCGUCAUGAUACAUAUACUUCACGUCCUGGUGCUCAUAGCAGCAUCGGCGUUACCCUUUGCAGCCGCCGCCUCGGACAAGCCGCUCAAGCCAUGUACCGUCAUCUCGCCCACCACCGAGCGCUUCUUCGACCUGAACCCUAUGCGCCGUCUGGCUCCCUCGGAGUCUGAUGGCAAGAAGAACAGUAAGAAGGAGGGCGAUGAAGGCAGCUGGCAUGCCAGAGGCUACGACUACGGCGCAAACUUCACCAUCAACUUCUGCGGGCCCGUCGUAGAAGAGCUCGACGAAGUCCAGGACCUCGACAAGGCCCUCUGGCGCAACGUCAGCGCGUUCUACGAAAAGGGCAGCAAGCAAUGGGCCAUUGGUCUCGAGAGUUCGGAACCCAUAUUCCGCGGUCGCAAACUCAUCCUCAACUAUACGGGCGGCUCGCUGUGCCCCUCCUCGCCCUCAAAGUCUAAGCGCGCGCUCGAGCCAGUCGCCCUCGACUCGCGCGAAAUCAUCGACGGCGACGACGACGAUGAUGACAAGGGCAAGGGCAAGGACAAAGACAAAGGCAAAGAUGGAAAGAAAAAGACGCAAGAACGCCGCAAGACAACCGUGAUCUCGCUCCUCUGCGACUCGGAUCCCCUAGCCAAAACCUCCGUGUCCUUUGUCGCCGCAGUAGACGACUGCGCAUACUUCUUCGAAGGCCGCUCGUCCUUUGCCUGCGGCGGCGUACAUCAGGAAGCGCAGGCGCUGAGUCCCGGCGGCGUCUUCGGUGUCAUGGUCAUGAUUGCCGUGCUCGUCUAUCUCGCUGGUGGCUGCGUCUACCAACGCACCGUUAUGCACCAGCGCGGAUGGCGCCAACUGCCCAAUUAUGCCAUGUGGGCUGGUAUCUGGCGCUUCUUCACGGACAUGUUUGUCAUCUUGACUUCUUCCUGCGCUCGCUUUAUGCCUGCUCGUCGCGGAUACAGUCGCGUUUCCCUGGGUCAGGACAAUACGCGUAGAGGCCGACGCAAUGAGGAUGAGGAUAGGCUCAUAGAUAACUUGGAUGAGGAGUGGGAUGAUUAGACAGUCCCUGUGUACAGAUAUUGAGCAUGGCAUCAUGAUACGGCGUUUAUGGGUUUGGUUUACAAAGUAGCACUUCGCCUUAGAGCGUAUCAGUCUCGGGCGUAGAGUGGGUUGUUUGGAUAUGUAGUGUGCGUUAGCAAUUCAUCACAUCACGUCACUCAGCACAUGUCGUUCUCC